AUGACCAAAAGUUCUUUAUCAGUUUCACAAAAUGGAAAAGAAAAAGAAAGCAAUGGAAAAUCAUUAAAUAAAAGUUCAAGUUCAAGUAGUAGUAAUAGUUUAAAUAAAAGUACAGAAAAUACAAAUAGUAGUAGCAGCAGUAGUAGUGGCAGUGGUUCACCAAAUACAACCACUACAACCACUACUACAACCACUACAUCAACAGCAAAUCAACAACAACAACAACAACAACAACAACAACAACAACAACAACAACAACAACAACAACAACAACAACAACAACAACAACAACAACAACAACAACAACAACAACAACAACAACAACAACAACAACAACAACAACAACAAGAACAACAAGAACAAGAACAUGAACAACAACAAAGUAAUCCAUCAUUAUUUAAUUUUGGAGCACAUUAUGAUUCAUUAUGUAAUAUGAUUAUUAGACCACCAAGAUAUACAUACUCUUUAGAUGAUUUAGGACCAAAAGCAUUCUCAUUAGGACAUCCAUUAAAAACUUAUGUUAGAAAUGAUUUUGAAUUAAUUAAUCCAAGAGGUCAUUCAAUUCAAUGUAGUCAUUUUAAACAAUCUGAAUAUUGGGAAACUGGAGAAAAACAACCAUGUGUAAUUUAUUGUCAUGGUAAUAGUGGAUGUAGGUUAGAUGCAAUGGAAUGCGUUAGAACUUUAUUACCAAUGAAUAUAACGGUAUUGGUAUUUGAUUUUAGUGGAUCAGGAUUAAGUGGUGGACAAUAUGUAUCAUUGGGAUAUUUUGAAAAGGAAGAUGUUGGAGUGAUUGUCAAACAUUUAAGAGAUACUGGCAAAAUAUCAACCAUUGGAUUGUGGGGUAGAAGUAUGGGUGCUGUUACAUCAAUCCUAUAUGCACGUGAUGAUCCUUCAAUUGCAGGUAUGGUUUUAGAUUCACCCUUUUCAUCAUUAUAUAAAGUCGCAGAGGAAUUGGUACAUUCCGCCGUUCAAAAAUUACCAAAACUUAUGAUCUCAUUAGGUUUGAAAAUGGUUAGAGGUUCAAUUAAAAAGAGGGCUCAUUUCGAUAUAAAAGAAUUGGAUGUUUUAAAUAUUGCCGAUCAAGUUUACAUACCCGCUCUAUUUGCUCAUGGUGAAUCUGAUAAUUUCGUACGUCCACAUCAUUCUGAGAAAUUAUUUGAAAAAUAUAAUGGUGAUAAGAAUAGGUUAUUAUUAAAAGGUGGUCAUAAUAGCGAAAGACCAAAUUUCUUUUUAGAAUCGGUUUGUAUAUUCUUUCAAAAUACUUUAAAACCAAAUCAAGAUGAUUCAAAUGAUUCAAAUGAUCCUAAAGGUCCUGAAAUGACAAUUCAUGAACUUUUUAGGAAUCCAGAAUUAUUAUUUGAUGAUUGUUCUGUAGAAGAACAAAAAAUGUUAUUUGUACUUUAUCAACAACAACAACAAAAAAAGAAACAACAACAACAACAGCAACAACAACAACAACAACAACAACAGCAACAACAACAACAACAACAACAACAAACAUCAACAUCAUUACCACCACCAUCAGAAAUUCAAUCACCACAUUUAAUAGUUACAGAACCUUCAAUUUAUUCAUCUAAAGGUAAUGGCCCUUUACCUCCACCCGCAUCUAAUCCAACACCACAACAACUUCAACAAAAUGAUUUUUCUUUUGUACAAAAUAGUUUAGAAAAUAAUAAUAAUAUUAAUAAUAAUAAUAAUACUGAUAAUUUUAAUAAUGAAAAUAUAAAAUAA